GAUAAGGUCCGGAAAUCCCAGUUGGCCCAGUGGGAGCGGGUUUGCGGUGCUGGGCGAGAUGCGGGGCAAGGACGAUGAGUACGAUUAUCUCUUCAAAGUUGUGCUCAUCGGGGACUCAGGGGUGGGAAAGAGCAACCUGCUCUCACGCUUCACCCGCAAUGAGUUCAACCUGGAGAGCAAGAGUACCAUCGGGGUGGAGUUUGCCACGAGGAGCAUCCAGGUAGACAACAAGACGGUGAAGGCUCAGAUCUGGGACACGGCCGGGCAGGAGCGAUACCGGGCCAUCACCUCAGCGUACUACCGGGGGGCAGUGGGAGCUCUGCUUGUCUAUGACAUUGCCAAGUACUUGACGUAUGAGAAUGCAGAGCGCUGGCUCAAGGAGCUGCAGGACCACGCUGAUGCUAACAUUGUCAUCAUGCUGGUGGGAAACAAGAGCGACCUGCGGCACCUGCGGGCAGUGCCCACCGAUGAGGCCAGGAGCUUCGCAGAGAAGAAUGGGCUGUCCUUCCUUGAGACAUCUGCUCUGGAUUCCACCAAUGUGGAGACAGCUUUCCACAACAUCCUCUCGGAGAUCUACCGCAUUGUGUCCCAGAGACAGAUCACGGGGCAGCCGGAGUCAGAGUUUGGUCCCUCCACCACCAUCGAGCCCAUCCAGGUGCUGCCCACGCAUCAGGAGGGCCGGCAAGCGCCCUGCUGCCAGAACAUCUGAGCCCCUGGGCUGCCCCCACCUUGACCCCCCACCACCCAACACACGGUGGCAUCGUGUGUCUCACCCUCUACCUGUGCCCACCGCAGCUCCCUGAGCAGUGCAGGCUGGCGGCUGCUUUUGUGUGCACCAUCAUCCUGCCCAUAUGCUGCCCCACCUGUGUUUGUGUAGAACCAACAAAAACGGGAGGAGGCAAAGCAUCGGGGUGUCUUCCCCUCACUCCCCAAGGCUGGGGGCAUGCCAUCCCUUGUGUCCCUGCUCCCUUUAGCCCUGCA